CAGCUAUCACUCCAUCCAAACCAAACCCCACUUCACUUUCUCUUCCUUUCUGCACAGUAGUUAAAUGGCACUUCAAUGACUCUCUCUAUAUCACACAAAACCACAACCUCAAUUUCCAAGCUUCCAUUUACAACGUUGUUCAUAGAUUCCACACUUCCACAUGGCCCCAACACUAUCCUCGCCGCCACCCAGUUUCGCUCUCUCCAUCAGAGACAAUCAAUUGGACACCAAAGAAGAAGAGGAGGAGAGCAAAUGCGCUUACCUUGUGGUAGCUCUAUGCCCUUGUCUCGUUUGUUUCAUUCUUCUCUUAAUUGUUCUUUCCAUUAUUCUUGUUUUCAAAUUCCAUUUCCUUUGUCACACCCCUCUUCAUUCAUGGUUUUACAAGAAAAAAUGUUGAUUUCUCGUUUACCCAUUUGUAGUUAUCAAGGAAAGUUUAUGUGUUUGGAUAAUUAUAGGUCAUUUGGUAGUCUUAGUGGGGUUAGUGGGGUUGAAUCUGAUAAUGAGAGUGGUGUGAAUAGUGAGUCAUGUGCAGAUCCAGAUGAGGUUGAUAGGGUAUGCAAGGUGGUUGAUGAAUUGUUUGCUUUGGAUAGGAACAUGGAAGCGGUUCUUGAUGAGUGUGGUGUUAUGUUAUCACAUGAUUUAGUUGUUGAUGUGUUGCAUAGGUUUAAACAUGCUAGGAAGCCUGCUUUUAGGUUCUUUUGCUGGGCAGGGAAAAGGCCUGGUUUUGAACAUGAUUCGAGGACUUAUAACUCCAUGAUGAGUAUUCUAGGGAAGACUAGACAAUUUGAGACCAUGGUAGCUUUGCUUGAGGAAAUGGGUGAGAAGGGUUUUUUGACAAUGGAGACUUUCGCAAUUGCUAUUAAGGCGUUUGCUUCUGCUAAGGAAAGGAAAAAAGCUGUUGGGAUCUUUGAUAUGAUGAAGAAGUAUAAGACUAAAGUUGGUGUCGAUGCGGUUAAUUUCUUGCUUGAUAGUCUUGGUGCGGCAAAGCUUGUUAAAGAAGCACAAGUUGUUUUUGAAAAGCUUAGAGAUAGGUUUGUUCCCGAUUUACAAACUUACACAGUACUUCUUAAUGGUUGGUGCAAGGUUAGAAACUUGUUGGAAGCAGGGAGGGUGUGGAAUGAGAUGAUUGAUAAAGGAUUUACGCCGGAUAUUGUUGCACAUAAUAUUAUGCUACAAGGGUUGUUAAGAUGUCAGAAGAAGUCGGAUAGCAUUAAGUUAUUUGAAGUCAUGAAAACCAAAGGCCCGUCACCCAACGUUCGCAGUUAUACGAUUUUGAUACAGGACUUGUGCAAACAAAAUAUGAUGCGGGAAGCUGUUGAUUAUUUUAACGAAAUGGUGGAUCGCGGUUGUCAACCUGAUGCUGCACUUUACACUUGUUUGAUCACCGGGUUUGGGAGGCAGAGGAAAAUGGAUACGGUCUAUGAUCUACUCAAGGAAAUGCGCGAAAGAGGUUAUCCGCCUGAUGGAAGGACAUACAACGCUUUGAUAAAACUGAUGGUAAGCCAACACAUGCCGGAUGAUGCAGUGAGAGUAUACAAGAAAAUGAUUAAAAGUGGCAUCGAACCAUCAAUUCACACAUACAAUAUGAUAAUGAAAUCCUAUUUUGCGACGAAAAAUUACGAGAUGGGCCGAGCUGUUUGGGAUGAGAUGCGUCAGAAGGGGUGUUGUCCUGAUGAUAACUCCUACACUGUAUUCAUUGGUGGGCUUAUAAGACAAGGCAGGCCAGAUGAGGCAUGUAAAUAUAUCGAAGAAAUGAUGCAAAAGGGGAUGAAAGCGCCUCAGCUUGAUUAUAACAAGUUUGGUGCUGAUUUUUCCAAGUAUGGGAAUCCUGUCAUACUCGAGGAGCUAGCUCGAAAGAUGAAUUUUGCUGGUAAGUUUGAAGUGUCUAAUGUCUUAGCCAGUUGGGUUGAUAUGAUGAAGAAAAGCUCAAAGAGAACAGAGGCAACAGAAUGCUGUAGGUAGUUUUUAUAAUUACUUGCAGGUUGGUAAAAACUCCUUGUGCCCUGAGAUGUUAGAGAAAAAUAACUCAUUUUAACUACCGGUCAUUUUCUUUGAAUUCUAGUUUUGUAUAAAAUUGUUUUAUGUAACACCCUACUCCCACGGCCAUGAAAAAUAUACAUUAUUAAGCUCUUCA